UGGCGCUGACCCACAUGUCAUCGAGCAAGACCACAUCCGCAGGGCCUUCUCCUGGCCUGAGCAGCUCCCCUUCCCUCUCCGGCAACAAUUACCGCAAACCACCGCCCCCUCUCCGGCGGCAACCACAGCGGCGCCAUAGCCAGUCCGAACGCCAAUGUCCACCGCUGCCUCUGCGCUCCGGCCGGCGCCGCGGUGGGGUGCGCCGUCGCAGCGCCGGCUCGUUGAGCAGCACCUGGCGUCACUGCCCCACGGCCUCCAGCGCCUCCGCCACGUGCAGGAGCUCCACGCGCAGCUCCUCAAGCACGGUAUCCACCUCGACCCGCUCACCGCCUCCAAGCUUAUCUCCUCAUACGCGCUCCAGCGCCGCCUCCCGGCAUCCCGCCUCGUCUUCGCCUCCUUCCCCAAUCGUCACGCCACCACCUUCCUCCCGAACACCCUUCUCCGCGUCUACGCGCUGAAUGCCCUGCCCCACGCCGCGGUCUCUGUCUUCUCCGCCAUGCCCCAGCGGGACAGCUUCACCUACUCCUUCCUCAUCAAGGCGCUCUCCUCCGCGGGCUUGAACCCCCUCAGAGCGGUGCACUCCCACGUCGUUAAACUCGGGUCCAUCGAGGACACCUAUGUCGGGAACGCGCUGAUCGACGCCUACUCCAAGAACGGCGGGUUUUUGGACGCCAGCAAGGUGUUCGAGGAAAUGCCUAGACGGGAUACUGUAUCCUGGAACUCGGCCAUGGCUGCGAUGGUGCGACAGGGGGAGCUGGCAAGUGCGAGGAGGAUGUUUGACGAGAUGCCGGAGAAGGAUACGGUAAGCUGGAACACCGUGCUGGACGGGUACACCAAGGCUGGGAAGAUGGAGGAGGCGUUCGAGCUGUUUCAGUGCAUGCCAGAGAGGAAUGUGGUGUCGUGGUCGACGGUGGUGUCUGGUUACUGUAAGAAGGGUGACAUGGAGAUGGCUCGAGUGAUCUUUGAUAAGAUGCCAACCAAGAACUUGGUAACGUGGACGAUAAUGGUCUCGGCAUGUGCCCAGAAUGGGCUUGUUGAGGAGGCUGGACGGUUGUUUACUCAGAUGAAGGAAGCUGCUGUGGAACUUGAUGUGGCUGCGGUUGUGAGUAUCUUGGCUGCAUGUGCAGAGUCAGGCUCGCUUGCUCUUGGGAAGAGGAUUCACCGGUACGUGCGGACAAGGCAACUGGGGAGGUCGACCCAUGUGUGCAAUGCAAUGAUUGACAUGUUUUGCAAGUGUGGAUGCGUAAACCGGGCUGAUUAUGUCUUUGACACUGAAAUAGCUGAGAAGGAUUCAGUGUCAUGGAACACCAUAAUUGGGGGAUUUGCGAUGCAUGGGCAUGGAGACAAGGCGCUGGACUUCUUUGCCCAAAUGAAGCUACAAGGGUUCCGUCCUGAUGCUGUGACAAUGAUCAACGUUCUUAGUGCAUGCACACACAUGGGGUUUGUGGAAGAGGGACGCCGGUAUUUCUCCAAUAUGGAGAGGGACUAUGGCAUUGUGCCACAGAUAGAGCAUUAUGGCUGCAUGAUUGACCUUCUUGGUCGUGGAGGGCUCAUCGAGGAGGCUGUUGACCUGAUAAAAAGCAUGCCUUGGGACCCUAAUGAGGUAAUAUGGGGGUCCCUUCUCAGUGCAUGCCGACUGCACAAGAACGUGGAGUAUGCAGAAAUUGCAGUGAACGAGCUCAGUAAGCUGCAGCCCUCCAAUGCAGGGAACUAUGCUGUCCUUUCAAACAUCUAUGCAGAGGCUGGGCAGUGGAGUGACAUGGCAAAGGCAAGGAUGCAAAUGAAAGGAACCGGGUCUCAGAAGUCAGCAGGAUCAAGUUGGAUUGAACUUGAUGAGGCAUUCCAUGAGUUCACGGUGGGGGACAGAAAACACUCAGACUCGGACCAGAUAUCCGAGAUGGUUGAUAGGCUGAGUUCACAUGUUAAGGAUGUUGGCUGCCUUCCAACAGCUCAUGAGCUGCUUGUGCAGUGAGUCCUUUGCCAAGGGUGUGCUAAAUUGCUCAUGUUGCAGUCACAAAUGUGAAAUGCUUUCGUGAGGUGUUAGCAUUGCACGGUGCAAUCUAUGUAAGCAAGCACCGGCUCCAGUGAAUCCUGCAAUCAAGAAGAUGCUGUGACGUGGUACAGAAUUACCCACGAUGGACUGUAAACCCAGACAUGUGUUCAAGCAUUUCUCAGCAUGUGCUCUUCUGCCAUCAGGUUGCUGUGAUGCUUAUGAUAAAUAUUCAGCCUGAUAUUUUUUUGGUAUGCAUCUGGGUCAUACCUGAAUAUUUAAGUUAUCAAGAGGAAUGUUUGGAACUUCAAUAAUUGGUUCACCAAGGUCAGACUGGUCCAUGUCUUUUAAAAGUCAUUGUUAUGCUAAGAAAUGGCUUGUAAGAUGUUUUAGUUAGAAAUUUAAAGAUACACUCGUAUAAUAUUUUAUUCUGUAACAUGCCUGCAGGUAGUGAGAAAGAUAUAAUUGUGUGCGAAAUAAGUUUCCGCAUAAUCAGUAUUGAAGUUUUUUUAAAGAGAUUUCGCCAAAUUUUAUAUGGAGGUAACAUGUAAAUGUAAUCUCCCUACAAAAAUCAAGGUAGAGAAUUGACUUGCCUUCUCCUUUUUUUCUCAGUAAGGCACCCGGAAAUCAAAUGUAUCUUUUUUUAGAGAGACCAUGCUGAUGCUGGGUGACACACCCUGAAGCACAUCCUACCAAGCCACAAACAUAUAGCAAGUCAUAUCACCCUGUAAUGGUCAAAUUAUCUAGCAAAUGCACCAAAGUACACCAGCUAAAAAUCAAAGACAACUGAGAUCAUAGUACACAACACAAAUCAUAAUGCACAAUAAGGCCCUGUUUGGAACGAAGGAAAAACAUAGGAAUUUUGGAGGAUAUGAUUCCUGUAGGAAAUAUUUCUUUGGUACCGUUUGGAACAAAGGAAAAGCUAUCCCUACAAUUCUUUGAAAUUCCUAUGGAUUGGGCUAUUUCAUAGAAAUUUUUGGAGGACCUCAUGUUUUCUUCUCCUUGUGUCUAGAUUCCUGUGAAUUUCCUGCAUGACAUCCAAACGAGAGUUUUGGAGUUUUCCUGUAGGAAUCCAGGAUACGUGGCAUCCAGGAUUCUCCAGUUUAGGUAUAGUUUUCAGACGCAACUGGCUGCACUUUCUCGUUAUUUUUUCAUAGAUUUUGGGUGUUUCUAAUAAAUUCUAUGGGCUGCAAACACCUCAACGGUGCUCCAAACACUAAG